GUUAACCGUCAAGCGAAGUUUUGGCUUUGUGGUUUUUGUCAUGCACGAUUACUACGAUCGUGCCGUAUUUUUCCUUUUUCCUGGUACUUUAAUCGUGGUUGAAUCGUUGGUGCACUAUUUCUCUUGACAAAAAUCAAUUUACAGCUUAUUAUGUGCCUCAAUCUAUCCAAAUUGGUGUUAUUUUAAAUCUUUCGCAGUAAUUUACAGUACUUUUUCGCGUGUCUCGGAUAUUGUCAUGAAAUUCAUGACGGCAACAAGAAGGUCAAUCCGUCAGACCUUCCUGUGCUCACCAUAAAGAUAAAUACGACGACAAAAGUAGUCUAUUAUGAAAUGGUUCCUCAUUCCGAAUAACGUUAGGACAGUAUUUUCACAAUUAUAUUUAGAAUAAUGAUGGCGACUCGUUCAACUUCUUCAUCACCGCCCCCGAAUUGCGCGAUAUGCUUGGGCAGUUUCUCGAACAAGUGUUUCUCGGACUCCUGUAUGCACCAGUUUUGUUUCAAAUGUCUACUGGAAUGGUCUAAGAUCAAAGCCGAAUGUCCGCUGUGUAAGCAACCCUUCAAAAGGAUCAUCCAUAAUGUCAAAAGUAAUGAAGAGUAUGAUGAACAUGUCGUAGAAAUUAGUCGUCCAGAAAUUGGUCCAGAUGAAAUACACAUUAUCGAUACUGAAGACCUACUUUAUUUACCACAGCCUUCUACUAGACAUCACUUCCAUUUUAGAACUACAUUCACUGUCGAUACUCGCGGUGAACAUGCUAUCCAACAAAUGCUCCUACAUCAUCCCCUUACAAGUGGGGGACAAAUCUCUGUUGAAGGAUUCAUUCCAUCUAGAAAUCUAUACCAAAGGAGGAGACGUGAUAAUACUUCAACUAGCUUCAGACGGUCGAUAUACCACAGGAACUUGUGGGUGAGCGCACCGCCUGACGUCACUGGCAGAUACAGAGACAUCUCUCCUGCAUACUUCAGAGAUUGUCCUGGCGCUCGCACGCGCCUCGUACCGUGGCUGAACCGCGAGCUGAACGCGUUGCUCUACGAGGACACCCGUUUGGUGAUGCACCUGGUCGACGUCAUCUUGGACCACUUGCCUCGCCAUCACAUCUGCAGUCGAACGUUCCGGAACCUUCUGGUAAAUUAUCUGGAAGGCAAGACGGACCAUUUCAUCCACGAGUUUUACAACUUCAUGCGGUCGCCGUUUGACAUGGUCGGAUAUGACAGGCAUGUCGUGUACACGGACGCGCCCAGGUCACCGCCCCCGUACGUCCUGCUGCCUGACGAGGACGUAUCUGACGACAGCGAUGUGAUAAUCGUAGGCAGUUCUGAUCCGACGGAUCCCGUCGUAAUCGACCUGGUGAACACGGAUUCCGAUGAACCGAUCCUCGUAACCCAAGACGAGCCGAUGCCGGUACCGGUGCAGGAACCUGUGCCGAUCGUCGACGUGACGUCAACGCCUGACGUCGAGGAUGUCGUGGUCACCGGUGCCACGCAGAACGCUACGCCGGUCGCCGCGGAACCGUCUCGUACCCACGAGGACAGGCCGCCGCUGUUGCCGCUCAAGCUCAGGUUGAAGCGUAAACGUCAGUCCGGCGAAAAGGAGCAAAUGGAAGAAAGGCGAAAACGUAGGAGAUUUUUACGACGCAAGAGACCAUCAACAGAUCGCAGCGACAGCCUGUCUUCGACGUCAUCUUCCUCAGAUUUUUCCUCGUCUAGUGAAUCCUCAGAUGGCCUUGUCAAAUACAUGAGGAAAAGAAAAUUCCGGAAACUAAUAAAGAAGAAACGUUACCGAUCCUCGUCGGAAAGAGAAGUGAACGUGACAAACUCCAGCAGCUCCGAAUCGUCAGACGACGAUCGUCCGUUAUCCAGUCGUUCUAGUAAAAAAGCGCUCUUAUCAAGGAAACGAACGUCGAGUAAGAAGAAAGGAAAAUACACUUCAAGUAGGAGUACGCAAGCGUCCAACCAAGAAAGCACGUCGUGGAGGUAUCCGAUCCACGAAGGAAGAUCGUAUACGCCUACUGAACAGGAGUGUGAGAGACGUUACACACCGCCGCCCAGGAUACCAGAGACAACCAGUGAAACCCUCCAUUGUCCAGCGGACACACCUUCAUGUUCCAGUUAUAGAAUGCCCACUUGCAGCACUAUCAAAUCGGAGGAGUCCACCGACGAAGAUUAUCCAUUGACGCAGCUACUUAACAGAGACCGAAAACAGGUUUGCCAUCGGAACGCUUUGACUGAUAACUAUUUAUGUUCAGGUGCAGGCGGAUGUUAAAUUCAACAGUUCUACGGGGGGCAGUACUAGCGAAGCCCUCAGGAAUUUGAUGAUAAAAAAGGAAGCAAAUAUGUGGUAUGCGUACCCCUGUUUUAAAUCGGACGUGUCAGAUUGCUAGAAAUGCAGAAUUAUACAUAUAUUUUUUUAAGUUGUACAGUUAUUUAUCAAGUUACAGCAUUGGGUAUUAUUUUCGAAGAAAUGUAAUUGAAGCGUCAAGACGACUGAUAAAUUAGUUGGUUUAUUUAUUGACGAUGAGGGAGAAUGUAAAAUGGCCACGACAUAUACAUGGCCAUAGUGGAACCGUUGCCAAAAAGAGAUGCAUGUGGUGUCAGUAGUACUAGGUUUGUCGCAAAGUGAAAAAAUGAACAAACAUUUUUUGUUUCGGAAAAUCGAAUCUCUUUUGUUCAAAAUUUCGUCUUCGCGAUAUUCUGGCCGAACACAACAGCAGUGGAACGAAUUCUUUGUGAAUAAUUCUCUUCAAACCGUAGAAACAAAUCAACAUUGUCUUCAUUUUGGAGUUUUCAUAAAGGCUUUUUUCGGAUUUGGCUCGCUACGGUACCUUUCAUUCGACACUUUGACGCUUAGUUUCGGGAUCGUAUCGAAAACAUCACGUUUCGUCACCAGUCACAAUGUUUGACGGAAGGUUUUUAUCUUGUCUGACCUCUUUAAUCUCUCUUGAAUAUUAAAUUCAACAAACCGAGGUUAGGUAUGUCAGAGUCCGUGUUCACCAGGUCAGUUACUACGGGGUAUGUACGAGCCUCUGAAGAGAUCUUAAAGUUUGUUUAUUUUUUCAAGGU